CGCCGCGGCCGACGGCCAAUGGGGGCUCCAGGAGGCGGCGUGGCGACGUGCGGCACGGCAGCGCGGGGUUUUGGCGGGCGCCCGAAAGAGGGCGAUGGCAGGCCGGCGCGGGGCGCUCAUCGUGCUGGAGGGUGUGGACCGCGCCGGCAAGAGCACGCAGAGCCGCAAGCUGGUGUCCGCGCUGUGCGCCGCCGGGCACCGCGCGGAGCUGCUCCGUUUCCCGGAAAGAUCAACUGAAAUCGGCAAGCUUCUGAGUUCUUACUUGGAAAAGAAGAGUGAGGUGGAGGACCACUCAGUACACCUGCUCUUCUCUGCGAACCGCUGGGAGCAUGUGCCAUUAAUUAAGGAGAAGCUGAGCCAGGGUGUCACCCUCGUUGUGGACAGAUACGCGUUUUCUGGGGUCGCCUUCACCAGCGCCAAGGAGAACUUCUCCCUGCACUGGUGCAAGCAGCCGGACGUGGGCCUCCCCAAGCCCGACCUGGUUGUGUUCCUGCAGUUGCGGCUGGCAGAGGCUGCCAGGCGGGGAGAGUUCGGCCGCGAGCGUUAUGAGAAUGGGUCGUUCCAGAAGCGGGCGCUGCAGAGCUUCCGGCAGCUCAUGGGGGACGAGACUCUGAACUGGAGGGUGGUUGACGCUUCCAGAAGCAUCGAAGAUGUCCACAAGGAAAUCCGUGAGCUAUGCGAGGACACCAUCCAGGCUGCCAUGCACAGGCCGCUGGGGGAGCUGUGGACAUAGGCACAGAGGGACCGCGUCCCCUCCCUGCACGCGUGCGAGGCGGGGCCGCGCCGGCUGAGCGCCCGACAAGAGGAACCAGGUCAGCCCGUCAGCAGCUUCCCUCUGCCCUCAGCCUGGAGACGGGCUUCUCACCGAAGGAUGAGCCACAUCUAAGCAGCUCAUCCACACUGGGGGGUUUCUUACAGGUACCAAUAAAGGUUAACUUGGAAACAUG